AUGGUUCGUUCAUUCAUGGAGAUGGACAGCAUUCAGCCUUACCAGGCUCUCCUGGACGCCAGCGAUCCCACAGAGCGUCAUUUUGCUGCCACACACAAGCGCUCGACGGACGGGGUGUACGUCGUCGAGUAUCCCUUCAAGGAAAAGGCACCGCCUAUUGAUUCGACCUUGCCACAGGCCAUCAAUCGCUUCUUCUCGCUGGAACGCAAAUUUCGUCGGUAUCCAGAAUUGAAGCAGCAGUACGAAGCUUUCCUGGACGACUACUUGCAACGUGGACAUAUGGAACAACUGACCUCGGCUCAGGUUGAAGAGUCCCCAGACACCUGCUUCUAUUUGCCGCACCACGCUGUCAUCAAACUGGACAGUCUGACUACCAAAUGUCGUGUAGUUUUUGAUGGAUCAGGAAAGGACAGCUCUGGAGUAUCGCUCAAUGACAGACUACAUAUUGGUCCACCUAUUCAACGCGAUCUUUUUGGCGUUUGUCUACGCUUCCGGCAGCACCAAUAUGUUUUAUGUGCAGAUGUCGAAAAGAUGUUUCGAGGCAUUAAAGUCUUUAAGCCACACACCAAUUUUCAGCGCAUUGUUUGGCGCACGACUGAGAAUGAACCUCUGCUUCAUUUUCGCCUGCUGACGGUUACCUACGGAUUGGCACCGUCACCAUUUCUGGCUGUUCGAGUUCUAAAGCAACUUGCCGACGAUCAUGGCCAUGAAUACCCUGCAGCAGCUCACGCUCUUCUGCACGAUGCCUAUGUGGACGAUAUCCCGACAGGCGCCAACACAUUCGAGGAGCUUAUGAUUCUCAAGGACGAGCUUAUAGCCCUCUUGGAUAAGGGAAAAUUCAAGCUACGCAAAUGGAGUUCUAAUAGUUGGCGUAUUCUGAAAUCAUUACCAGAGGAAGAUAGAUGUUUUGAACCUAUCCGGCUCCUCAACAAAUCAGCUGCGGAUUCACCUGUCAAAGUUCUUGGUAUCCAAUGGAACCCUGGGAAGGACGUCCUGUAUCUCAACCUAAAGGGAUGCGAUGCGACCAUUUCUCCGACGAAAAGAGAACUCUUGUCUCAGCUAUCAAGAAUUUAUGAUCCGCUUGGACUGGUAGCACCAGUCACAGUUCUACUCAAGCUAAUCUUCCAAGAAAGCUGGACAAGUGUCCUGCAGUGGGACGACCCCAUACCUGAAAGUCUACGUACGCGCUGGAGAGCCUUAGUAGAGGAUUUGCCAGCACUUACGCAAUGCCAAGUACCACGGUAUAUUGCGUCACCAUUUCGAGAUGUUCAACUACACGGAUUCGCCGACGCAUCCUCGCACGCCUACGGUGCGGUAGUUUACGCUCGAGUUGCAGUUGGAUGCAGCUUUCAAGUAACUCUGGUUGCCGCCAAAACACGGGUGGCCCCGAUCAAGCCCGUAUCAAUUCCACGUUUGGAGCUAAACGCUGCCACGAGCUGCUGGACAGAUUCAGAAAUUGUGCUACACUGGCUUUCAGCUCCCCCUCGACGGUGGAACACCUACGUCUGCAACCGAACUUCUGAGAUAUUGAGCGACUUUCCCCGUAGCUGCUGGAACCAUGUUCGCACGGAAGACAAUCCUGCAGAUUGUGCUUCCCGAGGACUUCAUCCGUCAAAGCUUCUGGAGCAUCGACUGUGGUGGAAAGGUCCGUCCUGGCUGGCCACACCCACCUCUGAGUGGCCACCUUCUACAAGCAAGUUCAGCGUAUCUUCAAGUUUCGAUGUCAACACCGAAGAACAAGCCAUAAAGCCCACGACUAUACAUAACUUUCCUGAUGAAAGUAUACACGAGUUACUCAUCCACAAAUUCUCAACCUGGACGCGUCUUAUAAGGGUAUCUAGCUACUGUCAUCGCUUUAUUCACACUCUUCGAUCCCAUCAUAGGAAUUCGGCACCAUUCCUUACGUCUGAAGAGUUGCUGGACGCACAGCGCCGACUUAUUCGACAUGUGCAACAAAAAUCCUUUGCCAGAGAAUAUGCGCAGCUAGAGAAUCGACGCCAGCUUAACGCUAAAUCGCAUCUUAUCCGGUUUUCUCCGUUUCUGGAUGAUUAUGGAGUAAUGCGAGUCGGUGGGAGAAUCGAGCAAUCUACACUCAACUAUAACGCCAAGCACCCGAUUCUGAUACCUAAAGAUACACCACUAGCUGGACUCCUGGUUCGACAUUUUCAUGUCUCCUAUCUGCACACUGGAGUUGAUGCAACGUUCACCAAUCUUCGUCAGCAGUACUGGAUUCUGGGAGCCCGCAAUCUCGCACUUUACAUCGAGGUUGUUAGUGAGCUAACUACACAGGCUUUCAUCGCAGCCUUUCAACGAUUCAUUGCCCGCCGAGCGAAGCCUACUGACCUGUAUUCGGACAAUGGAACUACAUUUCAUGGAGGCAAGCAAACUUUGGAUGACAUGAGACGUCUGGCCAUUCAACAAGCCAAAGAUGAGGAACUAGCAGGAUUCUUUGCCAAUGAAGGGAUUUCUUGGCACUUUAUACCCCCGUCUGCUCCACAUUUUGGAGGGAUGUGGGAAGCUGGAGUUCGCUCAAUUAAACUCCAUAUGAAACGGAUACUUGGAUCAAAGGCUUUAACGUUUGAGGAGCUCUCUACUGUCCUGACCCAAAUUGAAGCUAUCCUGAAUUCACGCCCGCUGUGCCCAACUGGGGAUUAUUCUUUGGAUCCACUGACGCCUGCUCAUUUUUUGACUGGAUCUCCGUAUACUGCAUUGCCUGAACCCUGUCGUCUGGAUAUGCAAGUCAAUCGAUUGGAGAGGUGGAAUCAGCUGCAAGCCAUGGUUCAAGGUUUUUGGAAAAGGUGGCAUAUGGAAUACCUGACAUCUCUUCAUGAGCGGACAAAGUGGCAUCUGGAAACCGAGAAUCUGAAGAUCGACACACUGGUAGUACUCAAGGAGCCCAAUCUACCGCCCUCUAAAUGGAUUCUUGGCCGCAUCACCGCAGUGCACGCAGGAAUCGACAACAAGGUCCGAGUCGUUACAGUGAAGACUGCUCACGGAUUAUACAAACGCCCAAUUGCCAAAAUCGCUGUACUGCCUCUCUGCUGA